AAACAGGCCAUAAAGAAAUACUGCGUCCACCAGCACCAACGUCAAGAGUCGCCAGGAACGAAAGAGAUGGGAGGAGCGUCUGAGAAAUGGAGUCUGAUAACGCCUUUCUUCUUCAUUUUCCUCCUUCACUCCAUUGCAAUUCUCCUCUUUACCAGAGGAUUUCUCCUCACACGAACCGAGCUCUCUUCCUUCAGCCAAUGCUCCGAUCUCUCCCAAUCUCCAUGCUCCCAUCCUCCAUCCCCCGAUCCCACCGCCAAGACGACGUCUCCCUCUCUACCUCUAAACCUCACCGCAGGAUCCGCCGAUCGGAACGAAAAGGGACGCGGCGCUGAUCGGUGUUGGACGAAGCCGGCCGUUGAUCGCCUUGUGAUCAUCAUCCUCGAUGCCCUGAGGUUUGAUUUUGUAGCACCCAGUGCAUUCUUCGAGGAGACAAAGCCAUGGAUGGACAAGUUACAAGUGCUGCAAAAGCUGGCCUCAGACAAAGUUUCUUCAGCUAGGAUUUUCAAGGCAAUUGCUGAUCCACCCACGACCAGUCUGCAACGUCUGAAGGGUUUGACGACUGGUGGACUGCCAACUUUUAUUGAUGUUGGUAAUAGCUUUGGAGCUCCAGCAAUCGUUGAAGAUAAUUUGAUACGUCAGCUUGUUAAAAAUGGAAAGAGGGUUUUAAUGAUGGGGGAUGAUACCUGGUUGCAGCUGUUUCCAGACCAUUUUGAGAAAUCUUAUCCCUUUCCUUCCUUUAAUGUUAAGGAUCUUCACACGGUAGAUAACGGCUGUAUUGAGCACUUGCUUCCAGCUUUGUAUCAGGAAGACUGGGAUGUUCUUAUUGCACAUUUCCUGGGUGUGGAUCAUGCAGGCCAUAUCUUUGGAGUUGAUUCUACUCCAAUGAUAGAAAAGUUGGAGCAAUAUAAUGUCAUUCUUGAGAAAGUUGUAGAAAUUCUGAAGAACCAGUCUACCCCGGGUGGUUUGCAUGAGAAUACCUUCCUCCUUGUCAUGGGGGAUCAUGGUCAAACAAUAAAUGGUGAUCAUGGUGGAGGAACUGCUGAAGAGGUUGAAACAUCACUUUUUGCAAUGAGUAUGAGGAGACCUCCUGCUUCCCUAUUACCUGAACUUGAUACCUCCUCUUGCAAAUUAGAUCUGGAUGGGAAUAAGAUGUGCUUCAGCUCCAUUCAACAGCUUGAUUUUGCAGUAACAAUGGCAGCACUGCUCGGUAUUCCUUUUCCUUUUGGAAGCAUUGGCCGUGUUAAUCCUGAGCUGUAUGCUUUAAGUGCUGAUACGUGGAAUGGGCGAAGUGAUAAUUCUACCAGCUGCAAAUAUGAUUCAAAUUUGGAAGUAUGGAUGCAAAACUAUGCUAAUGUCCUUUGCAUCAAUUGCUGGCAGGUGAAAAGAUACAUAGAUCUCUAUUCUGCAUCAUCAGUUAUUGGAUUUCCCAAGGAAGACUUGCUGCAUGUGGCAGAAACUUAUGCUCAAGCACAGGCUAAUUGGUCAAAUAAUAUAAAGAACACAAGCGAUGGCUCAUUAUCUGUUCUGCUAGGGAAAAUUGGUGCAUAUUCAAACUUCCUUGCAAGUGUUGCUGAGCUAGCCCGCUCAAAGUGGACAGAAUUUGAUUUAAAUAUGAUGGGUGUGGGUCUCUGCAUUUUGCUAUUAUCACUUCUCAUCCAAAUCUUUGCUAUUAGAAGGGUAAACAAAGCAUUCCAGAUUAUUUAUCCUUCCAUUGGAAAUGCGGAUUUGUCUCUUCGGUUCAUUUCUGCUCUUUUUGUGGUGGCAAUACGGGCAUGCAGUUUCCUCUCAAACAGUUACAUUUUGGCAGAAGGAAAAGUAGCAAACUUCCUUUUGGCCACAACUGGUAUUCUGAAUUUAGGGGACUCAAUCAAGGAGGAGAAGAUGACAACAGAGGCACUUGUAUUUCUUCUACUAAAUUUCAUUCUUGGAUUUAGCACGGAACUUGGAUUAUCGAAGCAGGCUGUUGGUUUAGCAUUUAUGAACAUUUUCCCUUUAAGGAUUCUUGGGAUUGAUGAAGGUCACUCCCUUUGGAUGGUGUUGUCAGAGAUUGUGCCAAUGCUGGGUCUAAUUUUAUUGGGGUUCAUGUUGUGUAGGAGUGCUGCUGGCAACUCUUGUUGGAGAUUUUUGAAGUACCUUUUUGUCAUUGGGACCAUUAUAAGUUAUAUCCUCAUUGCAUUUCACUGGGCCUUAGAAAGUAAUAUACUGGCUGUUCCCAUGGUGCUUGUAGGCAUUGGGAGAAAUUUUGUCCCUCGAGUAGUUUAUACUAUUGGUUCUGGCCUAAUAUUGUUGGCAUUCACACAAAUGGCUGAUCACAAAGAAAAGACUUCAGAUUGCUCUGGGAGAACAUUUAUUGCAGCAGUGGCCUUGUUAUCUGCAUGGAGUUCAAUGAUUCUGAUCCUAUUGGGAAGACAAGGUCCCUUGGUUGCUUUGAUAUCCAUAAUUGGAGGGUGGUGCAUCAUAAGGUCGCAAAAAAUUGCAUUGAAGGACACCUCAGAUGGCACUGUUGGAAUCUUCAUUGUGGAUCCUCUGUCUGUAGCCCAAUGGAGCCUUCUAGCUGUGUGUUUAUUUUUCUAUACAGGUCAUUGGUGCACCUUUGAUGGCCUCCGUUAUGGUGCAGCAUUUAUUGGGUUUGAUGAUUUCAACCUCAUUCGCCAAGGGGUCCUUCUUGCAAUCGAUACAUUCGGGAUUUCUCACAUCCUUCCUAUUAUCAGUCUUCCAUUUCUUGUUGCAACCCGAUAUCCAUAUUCUACGGGUGACCGAGGAAAGGAAAUAUUUUUCAUGAACUUAACUCAGGUGUUUUUGAUAUAUGGACUCAUUACUGCUGUGACAACUACAUUCACAAUAAUAUGUGUGACAAUUCAAAGGCGACAUUUGAUGGUGUGGGGAUUAUUUGCUCCAAAGUAUGUUUUCGAUGUGGUGGGCCUCAUCUUAACUGAUGUCUUGAUUUGCUUGGCAUCACUCUAUUAUUUCUGACAAGUGGGUUUGAUACACUGAGAUUGGAUCUGAGAACGGUUUAGCACUGAGAUAACUGGCACAUGUUUUUUGUUUUUUUAAAGUGCCUAAUGUAAUCAAUUUUGAUUUUUUGAUUAAUGGUGUUUAGGCCUGCAGUCAUUUUCUUUUA